CUAUCACAACAUGCUCUGGCCCAAUCUCAGAUUCGCUGGGUCGUCGUCCUAUGAUGAUAAUUUCUUCAGUUCUGUACUUUGUUAGUGGACUUGUUAUGUUGUGGUCUCCAAAUGUCUACAUCCUUCUUUUGGCAAGACUUUUGGAUGGGUUUGGAAUUGGUCUAUCAGUUACGCUUGUUCCUGUUUAUAUAUCCGAAACAGCUCCACCAGAAAUAAGGGGUUUAUUGAAUACUCUUCCACAAUUCACUGGUUCUGGAGGAAUGUUCUUUUCGUACUGCAUGGUUUUUGGGAUGUCGUUGAUGGAUUCACCUAAUUGGAGGUUGAUGCUUGGAGUUUUGUCCAUACCCUCUCUUUUCUAUCUCGCAUUGACAGUGUUUUUCUUGCCGGAGUCUCCACGUUGGCUUGUAAGUAAAGGGAGAAUGGCUGAGGCAAAGAAGGUUUUGCAGCGAUUGCGUGGAAGGGAAGACGUAUCAGGUUUGUGCUCAAGUGCUGUUCCUGUGAUUUACUUUAUAAAAUGGCCGACCACUGCCU